UCUGAAGUCUCGUCCUGCAUGUUACCAAAGGAUCGCUCAGACUGCAUCAUCCAAUGCCCCGAUCAGGGGACAGUUCGGGUUUCGAAGUGUUCGAGCAAUCAUGAGCGCUGGAGCCGUCUCGACCUCGUCCGACCAUGCGCUAACAGCCCCAGCUCCCCUCACAGAGGCGAGCGGCUCGGAUUCGAUCUCUGGUUCGGCAGCAUAUGCAGCACUGAGUCCGGCGGAGGCCAACGAUGCCAUCAAGUCAUCCUAUUCCAAGCUGGCUAAAAUCGGCGAAGGAACGUAUGCCUCCGUCUUUCUCGCGCAGCAUCUUCCCACCGGUCGCAAGGUCGCAAUCAAGAAGAUCAAAGUUCUCAGCUCCAAGGACGGACUGGACGUGACGGCGAUCCGGGAAGUCAAGUUUUUAAAAGAGCUCAAGCAUCCGAAUGUGAUUCAGAUGUACGAUGUCUUUUCGUCAGGCAGCACGACGCCAUCGCUCAACCUCGUGCUCGAAUUCCUGAGCUCGAAUCUCGAAGAGUUGAUUAAGGAUCGCAGCCUGAUCUUCACGCCUGCAGACAUCAAAAGCUGGAUGGCAAUGACUUUGAGAGGGCUAGAAUAUUGCCACAGGUCCUGGUGCCUACACCGAGAUUUGAAACCAAAUAACUUGCUCAUUUCGCCUAGUGGGGAGCUCAAGAUUGCCGAUUUCGGUCUCGCGCGCGAGUUUGGCGACCCUUUCGCACACAUGACCUCGCAGGUCAUCACGCGAUGGUACCGUCCACCGGAGCUCCUGAUGGGCAGUAAGAGUUACAGCGGCGCCGUGGAUAUUUGGAGCGUCGGAUGCAUCUUCGCAGAGCUCAUGCUACGCACGCCAUAUCUACCGGGAGAAAGCGACCUUGAGCAGCUUACAAAAAUCUGCAGAGCACUGGGAACACCGACAGAUCAAGACUGGCCAGACAUGAAACAUCUGCCAGACUAUGUGCAGAUAGAGAAGUUCCCGAAGCAGCACAUGAGCAUGCUAUUCACCGCCGCAAAUGCAGACACGCUCGAUCUACUUUCGCGCUGCCUCACCUUCAACCCCCACUCACGUAUCACAGCAGACGAAGCGCUGCUGCACGCCUACUUCCGCAAUGCGCCCGCGCCGACGCACUACACGAUGCUGCCCAUCAAGUCCUCCCUCUCAUCCGCCACGAACGACAAGACAGCCGACCAUCUGCUCCUGUCGGACUCGGGUGUGAAUAACGCGCGCAGGCAAGCGGCGGCCGGCAGUGAUGCUGUACGGUUACGAGGUGCGGCGAAUGGCGCCAGUGCUGGACCUGGCGGUUCCAAGAGACAGCUGAAAGAGGACGAGAUCAUGGAGAGGAAGAGAAUCGCUCGGAAGCUGGCAUUUGCAUGAACUCGGUUUCAUCCAUUCAAGGCGUAUCAUCGCCACUGUAGCAUAGCCGCAUCUUCGCACGUCUGUAAUUGUACUCAUGUCGAGC